CGCGGCCGGGGGAGGAGCCGCGGCCGGGGGCAGGGGCCGCGGCGGGCAGGCGGCGGGCGCCAUGGCGCAGCAGAGAGUGCUCCCGCAGAGCAAAGAGACCCUGCUGCAGUCCUACAACAAGCGCCUUAAGGAUGACGUCAAGUCCAUCAUGGACAACUUCACCGAAAUCAUUAAAACGGCCAAGAUUGAAGAUGAAACUCAAGUCUCUCGAGCAACCCAGGGUGAACAAGACAACUACGAGAUGCACGUCAGAGCUGCAAACAUCGUUCGAGCUGGUGAGUCCCUGAUGAAACUUGUGUCUGACCUGAAGCAGUUCUUGAUCCUGAAUGACUUCCCCUCUGUGAAUGAAGCUAUCAACCAACGCAACCAGCAGCUGAGAAGCUUGCAGGAGGAAUGUGACAAGAAGCUGAUUGCACUGCGGGAUGAGAUCUCCAUUGACCUGUACGAGCUAGAAGAAGAAUAUUACUCUUCCAGCUACAGUCUGUGUGACAGCAAUGAUCUUCCACUGUGUGAAGCCUACUGGAGACAAGACUUUGCCACGCUGUCCCCCGAGAGCCUCUGCAUGCCCCUGGCAGCUGCCACGGCAGAGCCCAGCCUUGCUCCCUCCCAGAGCUCCACCCCGGCGCACCCCCACGUCAACGGGCAUGGGGCAGCUGCCCCAGAGCACCCCUGAAGAGGAUCCUCUGCUGCCCAAUGCCUUCCUCCCGGCUCUGCUGCACUGCUGCAAGUCUUCCACCUGCUGUAUGAGGAGUGAGCAUGUCCUGCUGUUGGGAGAAGGCACUGGAGCUAUGCUGGCAGGGUUGUGCUCAUGGGAUGGCCACGGUGCUUCCUCCACCCCUGGGACACUGCCAGGAGCAAUCCUCUCCCUUAAGAGAUAGUGAUAAGUAAAUAGCAAGCUGAUUGUUCUAACAAAGUAGAGUUAGGUUUGCUUUAGCUCGAUGGUUGCCUGUAGAGCUCAGUAGAAAUCCACUCUGUUUUCAUGUGAAUCUCUAACUCCACACAGGAGUGUUGGGUGUUGAAUUUGUUUGGGAUAAACUUGAGCCAAGUCUUGGGGAUAGUGAAGUUUUGGGGGGUGUUUUCCCACACUUACUGGCGUUCUGUCUGCUUUAAAGCUCUCUCAGGAUGGCAUCUGACAACCUCUGUUCUACUUCAGAGUAAGAGCCUUGUAGUAUUUUGUACACAGCACUGUCAGGAGUGCUCCACAAACUUGAACUGGUUGCAGGAUGGGCUCUCAGGAGACCCUUUCCCAGGAGCAGUGUUAUGCCUUGGGAAGAGGAAAGGGCCAGCUGAGGAGUCAGACUUGGGUAUUGAUGGUGCCACUUGCUGGGGCUGCAGCUGGAAGCAGCAACAGAGUUUGGUUCAUUCUGCAGUGUUCACACAAACUGUUAGCACACCUGAGCUAACACCACCACAGUGUUUACUUUGGCUGAUUCUUUGGUCUAACUGGAGCUGACUGGGCUGGAUGGGGCAGAGGGUGGCACUCCUCUCUCUCCUCCAGAGUCCCUUCUGAAGCAGCAUCUUGGGUGCUUGGUGGCUGCUCAGCAGCUUGGUGCAACUGCUCUUCUUUCCCUGGGUGGUGCUUCUGCUGUGUCUCCAAGCAAGCUGGGGCUGGAGCUGGAUUGGAACACGCUCAGAACACCUCAGUGUUGAAGCCACAGAACCGUGGGUGCAGCCCAGCAGCUGAGCCAAGCUUCCCCAGCUCUCUCCUCUCUUAGGAUGUGAAUUUUGCUCUGUUCUGGUUUAGUUUUUCUUCCAUUCCAUUGAUUUUCAUUUGGUUUGGGUUUUUUUUUGUAAUGAGGUGGUGUAAUAAAACUAACCCUUUUGUAUCGUU